AUCCAGUAUCCCAAGCCCAUGCGUGCGUGCACACUCUGCUGGUGGUUUGUUUCCUCUCGGUCUGCUCAAUCGACUGUACUCGAAAACCAGACAGGAAACUCCGGGACCAUGAGAUUAUCCGUCUGUCACUCUCCACAUUUGAUUUAAGCGUGACAGCGAAGCAAUACGCAGGGAGAACACAUCAAGGAUAACUUAAACGUUAAUUGAAUUAGCAUACUGUAGUCUUUUUGCUGAGCGGAUACACUCUAAUGUUACGUUAUAACCGUUACAGGAGUGGGUCAUUUCGGCUCAGGUGUUAUCUAGCCAUUACUAUCAGCAAAGAGGUGGCUAACGAUGGAUUAGUGUGAUGUCUAACUCAGCGAACCUUUUAUGUUUUGUUUGACGACUGCAUGAUUGCGAGAACUAAAACUUUUCAUUAACUGUUUCACUUUAAAUGUCCUGUCAUCAUAGCAAACGAGACAAACAACCUCGUCGUGCCUAGGCUACUUAGCUUAAUCUUCUUCUAGUGCAAAGAGUUAACGUUUCAUUGGUAGCAUGAAAGAAUCCAUCAGGUAGAGUUCUAGUGGCGAGGGAAAUGUUAUUUCAAACAGAAUGCAUGUUGGCGUCGGUAGUAUCGACAAGCAGAGCGAUCUCAAAGAUGCCUCAAUGCCUGCCAAAGUGGAAUCUGCGUGCUUUACUUUCCAACGUUUUAUGUUAUUUAUCGGUAUUGGAUUUGUCACGCUUGUAUCGUUUCAGCUUGCCAGUGGGAAGAUCACCGUGACCUCAUUUGUUCUUCAGAUUUGUCUCUAUGUAUCAUUUGUUUUGCUUUGUUUUGUCUUUGGAUGCUUUGGGUUCCUCUCACAGGAGAGUCCCAUAAAGUUCAUAAACUUUGACACCUCAACACACACACCGUACUUGCUGGACUUCUUUAACAAAAUACUGAAUGGGUCCUCUUUGCCACUGUUUGAAUCAUCACAGAUGCGACGAGUAGUGGUGUCACACAAUGUGGACAAGGUACUUAAAGAAGUGUUUGACUACAGCUACAGGGACUACGUGCAGUCGUGGUAUGGUCGUCUGAGUCGUGAUGAGGGCCAGCUGUACCAGAUGCUGUCAGAGGACUUCUGGGAGGUGAUCAGGCAGCUAAGAGGACGCCUAGCAGACAUAGACGUGGUGGACCUGGUGUGCAACGGCACGGUCAAGACCCUCCACGCCCACUUCUGCGACCUCAAAGCAGCCAGCACCAGUCUGGAGGACUUCCCCAAGCCGUUUGCCCUGCACCCGUGUCUGCGCAGUCGGCAGGAGGAGCUGCGCUUCCUGCGCUGCUGUGCCCGCCUGCUGCUGCUCAGCCUGCUGCCCGCUCGUCACGCCCGCUCCCCCACGCUGCGCCUGGUGCUCUCCGAGGUCAUCGCCGUCAAAGUGCUAAGGCCUUUGGUGGAGGUGUUCAGUGACCCAGACUACAUCAACCGGACGCUGCUGUCCCGGCUGGAGCAGCGCGAGCAGCUGAUGGAGCACCACCGGAAGGCCUACACCUACGCGCCCUCCUACGAGGAGUUCAUCAAGCUCAUCAGCAGCAGCUCCGACGUCGACUUCCUGCAGCAGCUCAGGUACCAAAUAGUGGUGGAGAUCAUCCAGGCCACCACACUGAGCAGUCUGCCCCAGAUGAAGAAGCAGAAAGGCAAGGACAAGGCCAUGAAGACGGACCUGCUGCGGGCGCGGAACAUGAAGCGUUACAUCAAUCAGCUGACCGUGGCCAAGAGGCAGUGUGAGAAGCGCAUCUGGCUCCUGGGGGGGCCCAGCUACGAGCAGCAGGAGGACGGGGCCACUGACGGGGCCGAGGGGGCCCAGACUCCCAGGAUCCUGCAGUUUGAGGAGAUCAUGUCCAACCCAACACGCCGUGAAUACUUCCGGGUCUACAUGGCACGAGUGGAUAAGGCAGCCGUCAUUAAAUUCUGGGAGCUGGUGGAGACCCUGAAGACUGCCAAUAAGAAUGAGGUUCCGUACCUGGUGGGGGAGAUCUACCAGAACUUCUUUGUGGAGAGCCGGGAGAUCCCGGUGGAGCGCGCCCUGCUGCGGGAGAUCCAGCAGGCGCUGGUGGGGGACACGGGCACCGAGGUGUUUGUGCGGCUGCAGGCGGAGGUCUACGAGAGCAUGAGGGAGCGCUACUACCCCUCCUUCCUGGUGAGCGAUCUCUACGAGAGUCUCGUCCACCGGCAGGGGCAGCGCGACCGCGCCGCCACACCUGUGCCACCGCCCGACGACAAGGAGGACAUGUGCCAGUCCUUGUCGGGUAGCAACACGUCGUUGGACAGCGUUGGCAUUAACGAGCAGGCGAAGGCUGCUACGCGCCUUCGCCAGAUCACCGACCGGCUGGAGUACAAGCGCCAGGCCCUGGGCUCCAUCCAGAACUCCCCCAAACCCGACAAAAAGAUUGUAUGCAAGCUGAUGGAUGAGAUCAGCACCAUGGAGAAGGAGCAUUCUGACCUUCAGGUACACAUCUCGCGCACUGACUGGUGGUGCACCAACCUGGGCAUGUGGAGAGCCUCCGUCACUGGUGGAGAGGCUGUGGAGGAGAACGGUGAGCACACGGCUUGUUUCUACAUCUGUGUGAGUUUGCCAGAUGCAGACGACUCCACACACAGCCGGUGGGCUGUUUCACGCAAGCUCAGCGAGUUCCAGAUACUACACAGGAAACUCACAGAGUGUUUCCCUGUGCUGAAGAAGGUACAGCUCCCCUCGGUCAGUAAGCUUCCGUUUAAGUCCAUAGACCAGAAGUUUCUGGAGAAAUCUAAAAACCAGCUCAACAACUUCCUGCAGAAAAUGCUGUCGGACGAGUGUCUGUGUCAGAGUGAGGCACUAUAUGCGUUCCUUAGCCCGUCCCCUGAGCACCUGAAAGUGAUCGACACACACAAGAAGUCCAACUUCACCCUUGCCUCGUUACUAGAGAGACUGCCUGGAGACUUCUUCUCGCACCAGGAGGAUGAUGGUGAUGACGACAGUGACCUGUCCGACUAUGGUGAGGAGGUGGAGGGCAGGAGGGAUCUACUGGCCGAGCCCUCCUUCAUGCUGAUAGGAGAGAUCUUUGAGCUCAGGGGCAUGUUUAAAUGGGUGAGGAAGACUCUGAUCUCACUGGUCCAGGUCACAUUCGGACGCACCAUAAACAAGCAGAUUUGCGACACAGUGAGCUGGAUCUUUGGGGAGCCGAUGAUCGCUUACUACAUUAGCAUAUUUCGAGACACCUUUUGGCCUGACGGAACACGUGCUCUCCUCGGUAACGCGAGGACAGAGGUGGAGAGGCAGGAGACCAAAGAGCGAGCUCAGAAGAAACUUCUAGAAAGUGUUCCAGAUGCCCUACAGAACCUAGUGGGGCAACAAAAUGCCCGCUUUGGGGUCAUUCGUGUCUUCAAUGCCCUACAGGAGGUCAAUGCUAACAGACACCUAAUUUAUAUCCUUAUGGAAAUGCUGCUAAGAGAGCUCUGCCCUGAGCUGUCUGCUGAAAUGGACCAGAUUGGAUCCGAUUCACUCUUCACCGAGAAAACGAUAACAAAACUCUCCUAGUUGUCACCAACUUAUCACAAACAGAUUCUUUUAAUCACUGCACACAAUCACAGAUCGACCCAAACUCCACCCCACCCCACGUACACAUUCAAAAAGAAAUACAGAGUGGCAGCUCACCUCUCACCUUUCUGAUCACACUAAUGCACUUCAAACUAUACAUGCAUAAAUAAUAACCAAAUCAAAUGCUUAUACUGAAUAAUCAUUUUUUUACAAAGAAAAAAGCGUUGCAAGGCUGCUAGAUGUUGGCAGUCAUGCAAAGCUAGAUGGACUGAGGGCAUGCGCUUAAGUUUCCUGCACAGGUGUUCACUUUGUUUUGUUUUCUUUUGUUUUGUUUAGCUGACUGGCUUUCGGCCAGACGCAGCGCCUCGCCCCUUAGCCCAUACCCCAGUGGGUGAAGCCCUGUCUUUGAAUCUUUCAUGGUUUGGAUCACUGUUCACUGUUUGGCAACAUGAAUUGUUUUGAACAUGAAUUAUUUUUAAAUGCUGGGUAUGUGCCCUUUCUUCUAGUCCUUACAGGAAGCAGGUCCUACUGUCUUAUUGUCAUGUUUUACAUAUUGUUUUCCCUCCUUUUUUCUAAUGUUUCUGCUUUUGUGUGUGCACAGAUAACCUGUACCACUUGUUCAGUUUAUUGUUUCAUUUUAAAACUAAUUUGAGGAUGUUGCAUGAAACCUCCUUGGAAGGUAUAAUGUAUUUAUUCUGUAUAAUUGUUUGAAAAAUAUUGUUACAUUUUGGACUCAAAGAGGUGACUUAAAGCAUUCUUUUACGUUAUUAUUUUGUAUGUCUUGACGCAUCACUGUGAAAAAGUAAUGGUGUUGUAGUAAUGUAGAGGCAGAGAUUUAUUUUAUACAAAAACUUGAAAUAAAUUCCAAAUGAAAUA